AUGGUCGUCGGGCUCGGGGGGCGGGCCGCGGAGGAGGUGCUGCUCGGCAACCCGUCCGCCGGCGCCAUGGAUGACCUCCAGCGCGCGACGGAUAUGGCGCUCAAGGGCGUCCUCGCCUUCGGCAUGAGCGCGCGCGUGGGGCUGCUGGCCUACCACCCGGACUACACCCAGGCGGGGCGGGAUUUUACGGCCUACUCCAACCACGCCCAACACCUCGCGGAGGUGCAGGCGGGGCGACUGGUCGGGGCCGCGCACAACCUCGCCACGGAGCUGAUUCGGGCCCAUAAAGAGAUGGUCAACCUGCUCGUGGAGAAGCUUUUGGACAAAAAGGAGCUGACGACGGCGGAUAUCGAGCAGUUGUGGGGGCCAAGGCCACAGGAACCGACGGUCGAGGAGCUGGACCGCAAGGUGAUGGAAAUCUGUAGUGGCUAA